UGAAAGAUUGCCGGUAGGCCUAGAGACACUCAGAGUAAGAAAUUUAAUAGUAUUCAUCAUCAUGGCAAUGGCAGAGGUGGAAAUGAUAAGCAGGCAUGCUAGAUGUCGAUCAUUGGACCUUGAUGAUGGGACUGUACAAGUUGAAAUAAUGGCUGAUGGUCUUGAACCUGGCAAUAAUAUCCAUGAACCAAAAAAUGGAGUAGUAUACUUUGAUUGGCUCAACAGUCUUCAGGGAUUUGACAUAAGGAUUACAGUAGAGGACAAAAGAGAAAAGAAAGAUACUGAGUUUAUAAGGGUAGUCAAGAGAAUGCCUGGGAAUAUUAUCGAAGCAAACUCUACAUGGCAUGUUGAGAAAGAUAAAGUAGUUAUCAAGAUGAAAAAAGCUGAAAAUAUAUCAUGGAAAGAAAAACUCCAAGCUAAGGGAAUAGACAUUGGAAGCAGCAGUAGUGAGGAAGAUUAAAGACUGAGUGUAACUGACCAGGAACACCUUGCCAUAGAUGGAUCAAGCUGGAGAUAUGUCAUUCAAACUGGGCUUACUUUAAACAAACUCACAAAUGCAAAAAAAUACAAGCAGACUUCAGAUUAACACUAAUCUUUGCUCAUCCCUGCACAAGAUUAUAAUUCUAAAAUUAUGUGCUCCGAAAAACAAUCUACUUUAUGGUUUCUAAGAAUAUUAUAUGCAAAAAUUGUUGAUAUUUUAAUGGAAAAAAACAACUAAAUUUCUUUCUAGAAAAUGCAGUAUUAAUACAAUCAAUGUUGUAUGCUUAAUUGUUUUCAAAGCUAUUUAAUUGAAUUAUUUUUCAUUACUUUUUUAAUACAAUGAUAAAUUAAAUUACAAUGAGUGUUUGUAUGACAGAGCAUGUGUUAGAGCAAAAUUAAAAUAUAUGAGAAGUUAGCUUAAAGUUAACAUCCAUGGGACUAUCUGCAUUUAGUUGACACAUCCAUGUGACUACCAACAUCCAAGGGACACCUGAUUUACUUUGACUCAGCAAGGAUGGUUGAACAUGGCCUUUGUGACACAAUCCCAUAUAUGCAAAGGCCACAGAGGUUUUCAUCUGCUGUAUUUGUUUGUCUAAUAUAGAAUCUAGAUCUUUUGUGCUUCAGAACAUACUUUACUUUUUAAUACAGAUCUUUUGUACUUCAAAAUAUACUUUACUUUUUUAUAUACAUCUUUUGUUUGUAGCGCAUGUAUUGUUCUUUACUUUUUAAAUUGAAUUUACAUGCAAACAUCUUCCAUGCUUCAAAGCAUAUACUGUACUUAACUUUUUAAUGUACAUCUCUCAGGCAUAAAAGCAUAUACUGUACUUUACUUUUUAAUGUACAUCUCUCAGGCAUAAAAGCAUAUACUGUACUUUACUUUUUAAUGUACAUCUCUCAGGCAUAAAAGCAUAUACUGUACUUAACUUUUUAAUGUACAGCUCUCAGGCAUAAAAGCAUAUACUGUACUUUACUUUUUAAUGUACAUCUCUCAGGCAUAAAAGCAUAUACUGUACUUUACCUUAUUGUGUCGAGAUGUUUAUUUUACAAAUAUGUUUAAAUGAAAUAUAAUGUUUUAGAAAUUAGUGCAUAGUGACUUAAUUGUAAUUAAGCAGUAUGAAGCCUUGUGUGUAUUAGUUUUUAAAAUGAUCAUUAACUUUUAUAAUAUUAAAUAAUAUUGCAGUAUUUUUAUACACAUAAAAUGAUACGGGUAUAAUGAAUGAUCUCAUACAUUUAACUUUUGUAUGUUCAUCUUCAUCUGUCUUUUGGCUUGUUUUUUUACAAUUGUGUUGAA